AUGGAAUGCCUCAAACUGAGCCCCGAAUCCGUUGCCUCACUUCAUGCCAUGAAUGAGGCUGAGCUGCGUGCUCUCAUAUGGAAGGGAAACUCACCUGACACUGACAGUGAGGAGGACUUGAGAAUUCGCAUCUAUUCAAGCUGUCUUUUGUUCGAAAUGUCAAACUCUGACAAUGCUUUAGAAGAGGCUAUCUUUUUGACUAAAAGAAAGAUCGUCGCUUCACUUCCGGAUAAACGGGCUCUCAAUGAGUGGCUUGAUAUUCUCAAGGCGUUUUUGGUAAUGUUGCACCACUCCCAGCAGAAAGCUGGACAAAUCGCUGAGACAUCCAGCCGUGACGCCAUGCUCAAUGAUAUUGAUCUUCGAAUGACACUCCUCAAGAACCAAGCAGCCGUAUCGAUGAUGAGAUUCGAGCAGAGCCACAUCAUGGAUGAUUUGAAUCUGGCAAUCGCUAUAGUGGAACACUUGAUACCAGUCACAGAUCUUAGCAAGUCAUCAAGGUUGCAGAACAACCUUGGUGUUAUGCUUCACAAGCGAUAUCAGAGAACUGAAGCGAUAAAGGACCUAAGCCGAGCUAUUGACGCGAUAAGAAUCGCUAUAAGUCUUACCCCCGAUGAUAGCCUGGAUCUUGCUGACCGUCUCAACAAUCUUGGACUCUGGCUCAGUACUCGGUUUGAAAGGUCAGGUAUUGUCGAAGAUCUGGACUAUGCCGUCGAGGCUGCAAAGAAAGCCGUAGUAUUGACGCCUGAGGGUCACCAGCACUAUGCUGGAUAUCUCAACAACCUUGCCAACAGCCAUGGCAAGCGGUUCCAGCGAACAAGCACAAUCGACGACAUUGACCGUGCAAUCGAGGCGUCAAGAAGAGCGGUAAAGUCGACAUCACAAAAACACCCCGGCUUCUUGAAUAGCCUUGGUGUGUGGCUUUGUGCGCGGUUUGAAGCAUCGGGAGAACUCAUGGAUCUGGAUCAUUCCAUCGAAGCAGCACGUCUUGCAGUAGCUAUCACGCCGCCGAGCCACCCUGACAACUCUGUGUUCUUGGAUACCCUUGGAACCAGCCUCAGCAAGAAAUUCGAGAGAACCGAUUCAGUUAAGGAUCUAAACGAAGCGUUGAGUAUCUUCACUCAAUGUCUAGAGGUAACGCCUAGCCAUACACAGGAUUUUGCAUCUACCUUGAACAAUCUGGGGAUCUGUCACGGUAUGAGAUUUGAAAGGACGGGCUCGAUCGCAGAUCUGGACCAUGCCAUUGAGAGAACGCACGAGUCUGUAGUCAGCACUCAUCGCGGCCAUCCAAAACUACCAAACAGGCUGAACAGUCUUGGGAAUCAACUCAGGGCGCGUUUUCAAAGAGCAGGAGCGAUGCAAGAUUUGGAACACGCUAUUGAUGCUGCAGAGGAGGUCAUCAAAAUCGCAACCAAGAUUCACCCUCAUUAUUCUACGUAUCUGAGUAGCUUGGCAAAUAAGCUAAGCCUGCGUUUCGAAAGAACAGGUGAAAUCCAAAAUCUUGAUCGUGCUAUCGAAUUGAUUGGGGAAGCCAUCCAAGGCCCUCUAGUGUCUCACGAUAGCCUCGCUGCCUACUACAACAACCUUGGAUCAUCACUUCGCACGCGCUACGAGGAAGCUGAAAGAGAAAGUGAUAUUGCCCGAGCUAUCGAAGCUUGUAACAAGGCCGUUGAUCUGACCCCGAAAGAUCACCCUGAUGUCUACUCCUACCUCAAUAAUCUGGGCAAUGCGUUUGGUAGCCGCUUCAGCAAGACGGAUUCCCUGGAUGAUCUCGAUCGCUGUAUCGAAAAUAUCACCAAGGCAGUGAAAGCAGUUCCCAAAGAUCAUCCCGAUCGUUCAGUCAUGAUAAAUAAUCUAGGCAACUGGCUUGAUAAGCGAUUCGAGGUCACCAAAGCUGCUGGCGAUCGGGACAGCCAAAUCUAUUGGUUCCUUGAGGGAUGGAACUCCAAAGCAGCAUCGCCAUCCCAGAGAAUACGCGCAGCUGGUUCUGCUGCUUACGUAUACAUACAGCAAGAAGAGUGGGAUAAGGCUAGUACACUACUGCGCGAAGCGGUUUUACUCCUCCCGAAAGUUAGCCCACGCUUUCUGGCACAUACAGACAAGCAAAGCCUGCUUUCGAGUCUAUCUGGUUUGACAUCUAUGGCUGCCGCUGCCGCCCUUAGUGCCAAUAAAGGGCCUUAUGAGGCCCUUCGCCUCUUGGAGCUGGGGAGAGGUUUAAUCUCAGGAUUUGUUAUGGACAUUCGCACAGAUACCUCGGAGCUCGCAUCGGAGUACCCAGAAUUGGUGAAGGAGAUUGAUCAUCUUCAAGAUGAGAUGGAUCAGCUGCAAAGUGGAAUCGAUGUAUCGACUAAAAAAGACGGCUUAGAAACCUGGCAACGGAAGCAAGACAGAUUUCGGAAAGCAGACGAAAAAUUCGAAAGGCUUCUUGUAGAGGUCCGAGGAAAAUCAGGAUUUGAGAGUUUUCUGCUACCACCAAUCGAGGCAGAACUGAUGGCAGCAGCUACUCCGGAUCCGAUCAUCGUGGUCAAUGUAAGCUUCUACAGAUGUGAUGCAUUCAUCAUUGAGAGUACUGGAAUUAGAACGAUUGAGUUGCCUGAUUUGUCGCAAAGCAAGCUUCGUGCAUGGGCGAGCUUCCCGUCAGCCAGAUCUGAGCUUGCAUCCCGACUGGAAUGGCUAUGGGAGGCACUCGGCCAUCCUUGCUUGAAUGCACUUGGUUUCACAUCUGCUGUAUUUGAUGAUAGCUGGCCCCAUAUCUGGUGGAUUCCGACCGAUGCCCUCAGCUGUAUGCCGAUUCAUGCUGCUGGGCGCUACACGACAGGGUCUACAGAGACAGUCUUGGAUAGGACUAUGUCAUCGUAUGCUUUGAACAUCAAGUCAUUGCUCCAUGGGAGAAAGCGGGAUCUUGCUUCUGCCUAUAAAUCACAGAGACAAUCUGCACUCCUUGUUGCCAUGCGCAACACACCAGGCAGUGGGAAGUUACCGUUCGCUGAGGACGAAGCCAACAUGGUGAAGCAGAUGUGUCCAAAGCUCUACCUCAAACCAGAUACACCUAGACCAUUGAAGGAAGAAGUGCUUUCAUCCCUGAAGACCUGCAAGGUGUUUCAUUUUGCAGGGCAUGGGCGUUUAACCCCGACGGAACCUUCUAAAAGUUGUUUGUGUCUUGAAGACUGGAAGAACAACCCUCUCACAGUCCAGGACAUCCGCGGGAAGAAUCUAGAAAGCACUCAGCCAUUUCUCGCAUACCUCUCCGCUUGCCGAACCGGAACAAAUAUGGAGUCAAGGCUAUCAGAUGAAGGAAUUCAUCUCGUUGGCGCGUUCCACUUGACUGGAUUUAGGCAUGUAAUUGGAACACUAUGGGAAGUAUCAGAUAGGCAUUGCGUUGAUGUAGCCGAAGUAUUCUAUGGGACUCUGCGUGAUGAAGGAAUGACAGAUAUGUCUGCGUGCAAGGGCUUACAUCAAGCACUGAGACAACUGAGAGAUAAGGGACGAGCCAAGAGCAAGGGCAUUAGGGACAUCACAACGGUAGGCGAGGAAGAAGAUAAACCAGAUCUUGGAAAUACGGACUGGAUGCCCUACGUUCAUUUUGGAUGCUAG